CAAUGCAUCCAGCAAAUUUUGCGCCACCGAGAUGCUCAGCAGCAUCGAGACCCUUACAGGAAAACUGUCAGCCAGUAGCCUCAAUCUCCAGACUAUCUUGUCCGACUUCCAGAAUCUUGUCGCCAGCGCGGCCAAUUUGGCCUGCACCAACUGCACCAAGGCUGCAUUCAGCCUCGCAGCUCCACUGACGGCACAGUUCCCCCAGGCCUCCUCCGCCAUCGACACGUUGUGCGGCGCAGGUUUUGCUGAGUCGGCUUCUUCUCUCGCUGAUGACGGGGUCAGUCAAACUGCCGUGAACGAGCAAUUCGCUCUGGCGCCGAUCAAAUCUAGCGGUGCUUCGUCUCUCCAGCCCGUGGCGACCAUCGUCCUUGCCCUGCUCUCCAUGUGGGCUCUGUUGUAACGGAUAUCGCAUUGUAUCGAAAGACAUUGUGCUUGGUGACCUGGUCUUCCCGCCGUUCUCAGCGAAGCGGUAGCUAGAAAACUUACAGGAUACGUUGUACAAUAGUGACACUGGGUAAACGACAGGUCGAGUGUAGAUGCUAUGUUGAUGGUAUGUAGAUGCUUGUAUGACGAAAACUGACUAGAAAGCGACUGCGUUCCGAGCGCGAAAGCGAGCUUUGCGAUGAGUCGUGACGGUCAUGAGGUUCGUUAAUGCCCGCAGAGGCCUAGUCGAGCUGUUUCUCGGUUGAAUGCUGAGACGCUCGAGGCGUUUGUGGGACGUCCAAAAAGGGAGGAAACCGCCAUCCUGACUCGGCGACAACUGGGGUAGCCAGUCCAUCUUCUUCGUCCCAAUCUCCCUCUUCGCAGUCAACCGACCUGUCCGAACCCGGAUAGAUGAACGUCUCAUCGUCAUCGUCACCAUCCUCCUCAUCUUCUUCGUCUUCGUCAACCCAGGCGUCAUCGUCCCCGUCCAACUCGUCGUCAUGCAGAGAGAUAGCGAUCUCUGCGUCCGAUUUGGAGACGGAGGCAAGGCCGUGUGGCGGGAACAAUCCCUUGACAGGAGAUCGCCGCUUGGCUGCUUUGCUGGUCCCGGAUGGUGGCUUGUGCACAGAAACUUUCUGGCCCGCGGAUUUUACACCGGGAUAAGCCGGUGGAUGCCGCUUCGCAACUGGCUCGGACGGAGCAUAAUGCUGCGAGGGCGACGGCGACUCCACGGAACGUGUGACUUGCGCCAUACUAGCACAAGGCACCGUAGAUUGGGGGAAAGGCACGCCGCCACGGAUAGUUUCGUCCUUGCCAAACGAGGCAAGCCGAGAUGGGCUCAGUACCACAACCUUCGCUGGGUGCGGGGCACCCGGAUACGCAUCAUACGGCAGUUGGACGUCUAGUGCAGGAGGGCGAGCUGGCGAUUGGGUUCGCGGGGAGGCAGGUCGGCCACGCGAUUGCCCCGGUGACUGGACGAGAGACUAACCAAUCAUAUCAAUACCGUAUUUCGGGGGAAGAGCGAUGGAACAAAUGAAACAGGGGAUAUGAGCGGAUGCAAGAUCGGAAUUGCAAGACAGCCAAAAUCUUCGAUCGGGGGAAAGAUGGGUGGGAAUGACGUUGUGCUCACCGUGACUCGUCGGCGCUGAGGGA